UAGCAACCCCACAAGACAAGCCCCAGCCCAGCUGAUUCUCUCUCUCUCUCUCUCUCUCUCUCUCUCAUAUUCUUUGUUGAAUGCUUUUAUAUGAAAAGAUAUAUACCGACUGUAUAUUUGGGCAAAACUUUAACUAACUUCUUGCUGCAGUCAAGCGCUAUUCUUUUUUGUCUUUUCUUUUCUGUGUAUGCGCUGCUUGGCUUGUGGGUUGUUUUUGUUGUUGUGCCACUGCCACUAGUCUACCAGCAGCAGCAGCAGCAGCAGCAGCAGCACUGUGAUUUGCAAAUCUGUUUACAGCCAAGAUGCCCUGUACUGUACACGACACAAACCGAAUGAAAUGAAAAACCCUCUCUCUCUCUCUCUCUCUCAACUCAACUUGCAGUAGCAGACAACUAUUAUUCUGCUUUACAGCCCACACAUAAAAGAGAGAAACUAAAUUCAUUUUAAAAAAUUAUAUAAAAAUACAAAUACACGCAGAUUGACAGACACACAUACUCUCUCUCUCUCUCUCUCUCUCUUCUGUUCACACUUCAUUUUUAUUCUCUUCCUGCUUCAAAAUCAACUUUGCUUGCUUGCAUGGGGUUUUCUCAGUCUAUUUCAACUAUCAAAAUAAUAUAAAGGGCUUUAUUUUCUAUUUAAUUUCCUUGUGGGUCUACUACAUAUAAGUUUAUAUUGAUGAAGUUAAGUUGGGUGGUUUGGUAGAGGGGGAAGUAGUAGUGUUGUCGGCGCAAGGUCACUUUCUGUCGGCAUUGUCUGUAUCCAACGAUGAUCAACAGACUGCAUUUCCCAUUAAUUUAAUCAAAAAUACACCAGAGAUAGAUGCUUCUCAGCUUCGAUUCUGUUUACAUUUUGAUUUCGACCUGCAUAUUCAUGCCUCUUUCUUUAUACUAAUAUCAACUGCAACUCUUGAUCAUAACUGGGUUUCUUUACUUUUGAUGCCUGCCUGCAUAUCCUCCUCUUUAGUUGUCCUUAAUUUUAUUUGGGUUUCUUAUCCUUUCUUGCUGACUAACUUUGAUUUCCUUGCUGGGGUCUUACCGCAAACAAAAGUAUUCCAUUUCACUUUCCAUGUGGGAAUGUGAUGAAAUUUCAUUUGGGUGACAACAAUUGUACUGGGAGGCUCAUUCGUGUUGUCAUUGGCAAAUGAAGCUCGAGUUUUUAGACAUCUGGCUGGGUUACUUCUCUGGGAGUGCAGGUUCAAUGAGUGUAUCCAGAACUUCAGAAACAGGUUCUUCUGAUCCAUCUGUUCAAGUGGGAAGACAUGCUGGGGUUGAGUUGUCAAUGCGAGAAACAAGGCGUUUUCAGAUGGAAGAAUUGUCUCUAGCCACAAAAAAUUUCAGUGAUACAAACUUGAUUGGGGAAGGAAAAUUUGGGGAGGUAUACAUGGGUUUUCUUCAAGAUGGGAUGCUUGUAGCCAUCAAAAGGCGACCUGGAACACCUAGUCAGGAAUUUAUCAAUGAGGUACACUAUCUCUCAGCUAUUCAGCAUCGGCAUAUUGUUACUCUGUUGGGUUACUGCCAGGAAAAUAAUCUACAGUUUCUUGUGUACGAGUAUAUUCAUAGUGGAAGUGUUUCCAGUCACCUGUAUGGCACUGGUCAGCAUUCACGUAAAAAGCUAGAAUUCAAGAACCGACUAUCAAUAGCUCUAGGGGCAGCUAAAGGUUUGGCUCAUCUUCACUCUUUGAGUCCCCGUCUGGUGCAUAAAGAUUUCAAAACAGCCAAUGUUCUUGUAGAUGAAGAUCUACUAGCUAAGGUUGCAGAUGCAGGAAUCCGCAAUUUCCUUGGAAGAGUUGAUAUUGCAGGCCCAUCUUCUCAAGUGACUGCUGAUGAGAUGUUCCUUGCUCCAGAGGUGAGAGAGUUUAGACGAUUUUCGGAGAAAAGUGACAUAUAUAGCUUUGGUGUAUUCCUUCUGGAGUUAGUAAGUGGGCGAGAAGCAGGAGAAUUGGCAUCUUCCGACUCAAACCAGAACCUGGUUGAAUGGGUGCAAAACAUCCAAGAUAAUAGCAAUGUUUCGUGCAUCAUCGAUGAGAGAUUGGGGAAUAGCUUCACAGGUGAAGCUAUGGAAGGGUUCAUACACUUGAUUAUGCGAUGUUUGGAACCUUCAAGUGAGAGGCGACCAGCCAUGAGCCAUGUGGUAAUGGAGCUAGAUCGAAUACACGAGAAAGAGAUUAGCUUGACAACAAUAAUGGGGGAAGGACCCUCCACUGUGAUCCCAGGAAGUCAGUUAUUUAGAGCGACAAAAUAAAAGACAUUGUGUUUUUUUUUUUCUUGAAAAAGAAAAGGGAAAUUGUAUUACUUGUUUUUAUUUUUUUUCCUUUCUGAAACAUUAGAGAAGAAGAGAUUCAGCUGUUUGAUAAGUGUAUAAAGAAUGGCUGUCAUUAAUUUUUUGAUUAUUUUUACUUGAUAUAAAUGGAUGACAAGCGUUGUUGUAUAAUAAACCAUUAUUUGUUGUUAAUAUACAUUACAUUGGAAUUGGA